GCGUUGGCAGUGAAGCUGGGAACACAGAGCGGAGUGUUUCUAUCGUUUGACGGUGGCUGCUGUUGGCGAUUUUGCUUCGCUCAGAUGCGCAGUGCACGCAGCAGCAGCGGGGAACGCACGUAGGCGGUGAAAUACAUAUGUGACCGUUGCGUAUCCCGUCACACUCGACAGUCUCGUUACCGCUGGGUCGUCAUCGAGAAGAACAAGCCGCGGAUAAAGUCGAUCCUCGUCUCGCCAACGAAGAAGAACGCGAUCGACGAGCUUCUCAACGGGGGGGAUCUCUCGUUUCGUUUCUCGAUGAUCCUCGGUGGUCCCGUGACUCACUCGUCGUGCGCGCGACCCAAUAUACGAUUCGUGCGAAAUACAUUAGCGCUGCUUUGAAACUCGCAAACGACACGCAAAUCGCGAAUCCCAAUUGUCACCGACGUGAACGCAGCGACGUGUGCGUGCUUUAUACGUGAUUUUGUGUGUGUGCGUGUGUGUGUGUGUGUGUGGUACACGCGUGUUUGAGUGUGUAUACGCGCCGUACAUGUGUGUUCGUACGUAAGAUCGCGAAUUCUGAUGUGACACGUAUCCAGCGCGCGAUCCUCUUGUUCGCCAUACGUUUCGCAACCGCGUCCGGGGGAGAUCUCGAGCGCGUUCGCGCACGUUCGAGGCGCGUUCCUCCACAUCGCUUGGAUCUCCUUUGCAUGGUGCAUACAUUGUAAGAAAACAUGCCUCUGUUUGGAAAGUCCCAGAAAAGUCCAGCGGAGGUGGUAAAGGCUCUGAAGGAGGCGGUAAACGCGUUGGAACGCGGCGACAAGAAGGUAGAGAAGGCCCAGGAAGAUGUGAGCAAGAAUCUUGUCCAUAUCAAAAACAUGCUUUACGGCACGGCCGAGACGGAGCCCCAGGCGGACAUCGUGGUGGCCCAGCUUGCACAGGAAUUGUACAACAGCAACCUACUGCUACUGCUCGUGCAGAAUCUGAGCCGCAUCGACUUCGAAGAAUUACUUACAAGGCAUAAAAUACUCAGCGCCGAAUUUUUAGAGAUAAAUUACGAUAAAGUUUUCUCGCACUAUCAGAGGUUACUCAAUUCGGAAAAUUAUGUAACACGACGACAAAGUUUGAAGUUACUCGGCGAGCUGCUGCUCGAUAGACACAAUUUUACCGUCAUGACACGAUAUAUAUCGAAUCCGGAUAAUUUGAAGUUGAUGAUGAACAUGCUAAAGGAAAAAUCUCGAAACAUACAGUUCGAGGCUUUCCACGUCUUUAAGGUAUUCGUCGCGAAUCCGAACAAACCGAAACCCAUCCUGGAUAUAUUGCUCCGCAAUCAGGAGAAGCUGAUUGAAUUCCUCACGCGCUUCCAUACGGACCGUUCCGAGGACGAGCAGUUCAACGACGAGAAGGCGUAUCUGAUUAAACAGAUCAAAGAACUUAAAUCUGUACAUGAUAAUUAAGUCAAAGUAAAAUACACUUAUUGCUACCGCUACGAACUAACUACCACUACAUUAUUAUUACUAUCGAGUCUACAGCUGCUGUUGCUAAUUACGGUUUUUGAUCACUAUUAUAUAGUUAUAAUUUAUCAUCUCCGCAUCGUUAUCACACUCAUUAUUAUUAUCAUCAUUCAUUAUCGUCAUCAUGAUCAUCUCAUCACCAUCGUCAUUUGUCACGUUGUCACACAUGGUCAUUUCACGGCAUUAUUAUAAUAUAUAUAAAUAUAUUAUUAUUAAUAUUAUUAAUUUUAUUUGUGAGUAACACACUGUAAAUAAAGAUUACAUUUAUCUCUUAUUGUAUUA